AGGGUUCCAAAGUUGUCAGCUUCACUUGGUUCUUCUUUCAUCUCACACCUCUGAUUCAGAAAAUCGUGAAAAAAAAACAUCCUCGAGCUCGUCUCCUUUUUUCUCCGUAUCGCCGACAAUACUCCGUUGCUGUUUCCGUCUCAAAGUAGAAAGAAGAAGGAGGAGGAAGGGGAUCAAUGGAAUCGAGACCCAGUGGACCUGUGGUGUUGACGGCGGAGGAGGAAGCUGUUCUGAACGAAGGAAUCGGUUUGAUACUUUCACGGUGGACCGCCAUGCGAGCCGCUGUCGAUAACGGCUGGGGCGGCCGAGAUUCUCAUGAGAAAGCCGAGCGCACCGUUUCCAAUGUUCUUGAUUAUUUCAUCCAUCUAAAAGAUCUAUCGACGGACUUUGACGGAUUAGCUGACAUUCUAGAGAGUGGUCUUUCUGAGCUUAAUACUGUGGCUGAGGAUGGAAGCCUCGAAGAGGUGACAGAGACGCUACUAGAUUUGUAUUAUGAAUGCCUCGAAGGCAACUUCCAAAGGGUUGAGAAACUGAGAGCGACUAGCUCUCAGACAAGUGCAACUGUUGUCAAGGUUUCAAACGGUAACGAUGAGGAUGAUGAGGGAAGCGAUGAUGAAGAUGAGGAUACACACCUGAACAAUGAUCAAAGCACAGACAUGAUGGUGGAUGCUUCUGAACACUGCUCAAACCGGAAACCAGAAGCCAUGCCAGUUGAUGAGCCAAAAGCUGAUGAUGGGUGGACUGUAGUUCCAUGUAGGAAAAACAAGGGCAAGAAAAAUUAAAUGGUUUAGGUUCCCAAGGUGUUUGUGUAAUCUUCACAAUUUUGGGUUGUUUUGAGUUUAUAAUAAUAGAUGGAUAGUAGUAUGAACUGUAUGAUUUAUAGAUUGCCACUUUCUAAACAAACUCAGAAAAAUGAGUGUUCUUGUUCUUUCCCA